AUGAUAGCCUUCCACACCUCUAUCGUCGAGCCGCUGGUAGCGGAAUUCACCCGCUGGGCAUUAGACAACCUUGACAAGUUCGCUGGGACCCAGCAGGAACAUCAGCCGCUGAGCACGGCGGAAGAGACGCGAGUUCUCCGCGCGUUCUAUCGCUAUGAGCUUUGUUGUCAUCUGUUUGGGUUGGGAGCGCAUCUAAGCGAGGAGCCAGACCACCUCAAUUUCGAAUCGGUAGAGAUCCUGACAUUGUUUGCCGUUCCCUUCGAGCCAUGGGAGGUUGAGGAGGUCGCUUGCGUCUGCCGAUUCCUCCGAAAUAAAUACGAACAGAUCUUCGAUGAGAUCAGCUGGGAUGUCAACGAGAACAACCCCAAGUUUGACGGCGAGCGGCCGCCCACCCCGGACGGGGCGUUUGACCUUACGGGCACCCGCGGUGCAGUUUCCUCACAGCGGUCCUCUCACGAGGGCUACCCCUGCUUCACACCGUGCUAUUCCGGAUCCGGAACCAUGACCACCUGGUGA